ACCCAUCUUUCUUCCAUGUCUGAUCAUGAACCUAAAGACCUCUACUACCAUGACCUAUUUCAGUAUGAAGCUCAUGAACACCUCAAUGGUGGGACGGUCAGCAUCAACGACCACCAAAAUUUGCAAGGGUUUGAUGUGAAUCCUCCAUACAUGAACUUCACAGAGUGUUCGAAAGGAUCUGUGGACUAUAACUCACUUGCCACGGCUUUUGGCUUGUCAUCUUCAACAUCUGAAGCACUAUUUUCAUCCGUUGAAGGCAAUCAAAACGCUGUUGAUCAUCUUGGAGGCGGCGGCGGUGAAACUCCUUUGACGCCAAACUCUUCAGUGUCUUCUUCUUCAGCUGAGGCUGAUGCUGAUAAGGACUGUGGUAAGAAUAAGAAAGAUAGGCAGCCAAAAGGGUCAUCAGAAGAUGGAGAUAGCUCUAAGAAAGUGAGCAAACCAGCAAAAAAGAAGGGAGAGAAAAAGCAAAAAGAGCCACGAUUUGCCUUCAUGACCAAGAGUGAGGUUGAUCAUCUAGAAGAUGGAUACAGAUGGAGAAAAUAUGGACAAAAAGCUGUGAAAAAUAGUCCAUUUCCAAGAAGCUACUACCGAUGCACGACACAAAAAUGCGGGGUCAAGAAACGCGUAGAGAGGUCGUACGAGGACCCAUCUACUGUGAUUACGACAUAUGAAGGCCAGCACAACCACCAACUUCCAGCAAACCUAAGAGGAAAUGCGGCUGCAGCAUUGUUCCCACCUUCUAUGCUAAACCUGUCGAACUUGGCUGCUGGUGGCCCGAGCUCUACCUUUCCUCAGGAACUCUUGUUUCAAAUGCCCCAAUACAUGAUCAGUAGCAAUGUUAAUCAGGGAUCGUCACGAAACCCUAAUCAUCAUCUGCAGCAAUAUCAACUGCCUCAUGCAGCUGCUGAUCAGUAUGGACUUUUGCAGGACUUUGCUCCUUCCAUGUUCCUCAAACAAGAGCCUUGAAUGAUCUCCCUCUCGAUCGAUCUCUAGGUCGUUAAUUUGUAGAUACGAUUAAUUAUUAUAUAUACUAGCUAGUCUCAUGACCUUGAUUGAUCAUCCUUGAUAUUUUUAAUUAGUGGGCUAGCUAGGUAGCAGAUACUACGUACCCUUCACUUCUAAUCAUUUGAAUUCCACUUAGAUUUAUGAGCCGGAAAUUACUGAUAGCUUUAGCAGUAGAGCACUUAUCCUACACACUUAUCGUCAAAGAGAAAGUUCGGUUCUUUCUCCGAUCUCUCGGUGUGUAAGAUUAAUUUGGACUGUCCUUGUACAAAUUAGUCCAUUGAAGAUGGCAUCAUCCAGAAGUGGGAAUUUUUUUCUCCUCGGUCUUCCAUUUGGAGAUAAUUUGCUAGCUCGAACUGCUUCUAUCUAGUUGAAGUUAAGUGGAUUUGUAAGAUGUUGAGUUUAUUUACUGUGGUUCGAACGUAGUGCAUGCGAAUUGAGAAUUGCAUGCUUCAUGCUUGCAUGUCUUAGUACAAGUGGUGCAACAAGAUUUUCUUAUUUACGGUUUAAGAUGUAAAAUCCUUGCUGUGCAGCCUUACUUUCAUGCAGCAGGGUGGGAUUUUUAUUGAGUUGAAUAUAUUCUAGUUUUCUGUU